GUGUGUGUGUGUGUGUGUGUGGACUUUCCACCACUCAUUUACAUUAUCAGUGGGCAGAGCCUAUCGUCCUGUUGCUGUUUAAAGACCUCCCCAGCUCAGAGCAGCUGUAGAGUUUCUAACAGAGCAGACAGAUCAUCGGGAUUUUUCAAAGGAUCUCUCAGACUGUUGGUCUCGUGUCUCCUCUCGGAUAAUGAUGCUGACAGAGACGGAAGGCUUCAGGUGGAACUUUCUUCCAGGGUUUAACUUCAGGAGAAACCCCAGACGUCAGGCAGGUGUCAACACCACCACCAACAACACCACCACCACCACCACCGAUGGACACGACUCACCGAGCGAACAGAUUCCCCAAACUGUGAUCGUCACUUUUGAGCAGAUGCUUGAGGUAAAACGUUUGUGUGAAGCCGGCCAGCUCCUGAUACAGAGAGAGGAAUGUCUGUUUGGGGAUAUAAGGGAGGAGGAGGAGGAGGAGGCACUGACUCAUCAUGAAGAAGAAGUGAAGAAGCUUGCUACAGACCGCAGGGCCCUGGAGGACCUCGUACUGCAGACUCUUAGACUAUCUCUCAGCCUGGGCGAGGUCAGUUUGGAGGUUCUGACGUCUGCUGUGAAGGCCGUGAAGCAGGAGGAUGACCAGGACCAGCUGUGGACACAGAGAGAUUGGACUACUCCGGCCUGGAGGCCUAGUGGCUGGAAGAAGCUCCACGACUCAAAGCUUUGCAACUUGGUAGAGGAGCGUAUGGAUAUGGACAAUCCUCUGACCCCCCCUGCUGACCAGGUGGACCAGUCUACGAUCCAGGCAGACAUCCACAGCAUGGGCAGGCGGCUGAAGGAGGACCUGCUGUUUGUGGUGGAUGUGGUGAAGAGCUGCUACCCUCCUCAGCUGGACAUCUGUAAUUUAUACGGCAGGUUGUACCACCAGACUCUCAGCGCAAGACUCAGGAAGAUCGCAGACUUUGGUCUGGAGGACAAGGACUGCACUUUCCUCCUGCGCUGGGUCAACGAGUAUUAUCCACAAAUCCUGCAGAAACCAGAGCUGGCCAGUGAGAUUGAUGUUGAAGCAUUGGGAAAGCUGCUGCCUGAACAGUUAUUGAAACCUCUGGAGGAUCAAUACCUGAACAAACAACAGGAAGAGCUGAUGAAGUACAUCGGACACGUCCUGGAGGAAGCAAAGCAAAAGUGGAACAACGGAGAGGAACCGACGAGAGAGGAAGGCUGCUUUGUUAGUCAUGUGGCCUAUGACAUCAUUCAGCUCAUCAACGGUAUGGUGACUUCAGCUGAAAAAGUUGUUGGAGAUCUGCACAAGGCUCAAAACUUAACGAGUGAACUGGAAGAUUUAAUGCAGAGGUUUAAGAUUUUCCAAAAUGAUGUCAUCAAGCAAAACAAACCCAACAGCCAGCCGAUCAUCAAAGCAAACCUCGGCUGUUUUGAACAGUUCAGGGAUGUCCUCGAGAAGAAGAGCCAUCUGUUCAAAAAGGACGUGCAGAAAAACUGUUUGGAUGUUUUGGCAGACAUGGAACAAUCUGCUCACACAUAUUUAUUAAAACCUGUGCACGAGGCACUCAAGCCUCAGUACCGUAAACUGGGAACCAGUGACUGGCUAAAUAAGCCCCUGUUUGAGAAGCUGCUGGUCAGCAUUGAAAACGAGCUUCAGGGUCUUCAGGGUUCGAUUGUAUCCUCUCACCAGGUGGGUGGAAUAAAAGCCAUAAAACACACACUUUAGUUUAAUUUAACUGAG